CUUCGCACAGCGCGUGCGCUGUUGUACCAUAACGACGUGAUGAGCGUUUAUGUUUUCAGUAGCAACCGUGAGUUAAACUGAACAAAGUCGUUGUAAAAGGCUGAAACAUGUCAACCCUCCGGGAUGAGACGGCAGCAGAUGUGCCGGUCAAGGACGUCACGGUGGACCUCUCCAGACUCACACCGGCUCCACCAGAGUCGUCGACCUAUCAGCACGCCCGUGCGCGGCUGGACAUCUCGCGUGUGUCCCGGGAGGAGCUGGAGGACCGCUUCCUGCGGCUGCAGGAGGAGACGCUGCAGCUCAAACAGCACAGCCACAAACGGGAUGAUCUAAUCAAGAGACUGAGCACAAAGCUGAAGAGGCUGAUGAACAACCGUGACCGCAUGGAGCAGCUGGCAGCAGGGACAGCCCCAUCCUCCAGGGUCCGAGACGUGGAGAUGGAGGAGAUGAUGGAGGAGCUCCACGAGAAGGUCCGGGCCCUGCAGGCCGAAAACGAAGGGCUGAAACAGCGCCUCCUGGUGGCAAAGCAUCAACUCAUCAAUCGUCAGAGCCAGAGGCCGACGCCGUACGACCGCAUCCAGCCGCGAGUCAACACGGGGUUGAAGAAGUUCAGAGACGACAUGUCGUCUCCGUCUUUAAUACGACCUAAAAGUACGAGGAGUUUGGAGGGAGGAGGACGACCUCCGACUGGCCUGCUGCCUCGCUAUGGGCACAGUCUGCUGGAGGAGGCCAGAUCAGAGAUCCGCAACCUAGAGAAUGUGAUCGAGUCCCAGCGGAGCCGCAUGGAGGAGCUGGAAGGUGCAUCGGAGCUGCUGAGGGAGGAGCUGAGGAGGAAGGAGGCCGAGUAUGAAGAGAGACUCCUGCAGGUCCGGCAGGAGCAGAGCUCCAAACUGAGGACGCACGUCAACAGCAACGUGACGCUGAUCAAACUGCAGAAGCAGCUGGCGGUGAGAUCCAACACCGUGGCCGAGCUGGAGGGGCGAUACCUGCAGCUGCAGGAGAGUCAGCAGACGCUUAAGCUCAGUCAUGAAGCGGCGAUGGCGAAGGUGGACGAGCUGUCGGCGGAUCUGAAAAACGAGCGGCUGAAGCGCUUGGAGCUGGAGAAGCAGCUGCAGAGUGCCAGCGUCUCCAGGACGAGGAUGGAGCAGCUGCAGGAGAGGAUCGGCGAGCUGGAGCAGGACAGAGACCUGCUGAAGGACAGCAACGAGAAGCUGCUGAACAGCGCCUUUGACGUCUCUCAGCAGGAGAAAUGGCAGCUUCAGGAGCAGCGGCUGAAGCUUCAGAUCUCUCAGCUGGAGACGGCGCUCAAGGCCGACCUCGUCGACAAAAACGAGAUCCUCGACAAAGUCAAGGCCGAGAGAGACACAAACGAGAAGCUGAAAGAAGCAAAUCAGAAGCUGGAGGUGCAGUUCCUGCAGCAGAAGCAGCAGCUGGAGGAACUGAACGAGCAGCUCAAGUUUUACAGUCGGGGGAGCGACUACGACGUGGCCGAACUCACCGAGGCGCUGCUGCUCGUCAAAACACGUAAAUCCCAGAGGAGUGGAGAUCUGGACUUCCUGAGGGAGGCGGAGGAGGAAACGGGCGGCACCAGCAUGGAAAACGCCAUUAAGGAGCUGCGAGCCGCUCACGCCGAAACCAUCCAGGAGCUGGAAAAGACCCGGAGCCUCCUGAGCACGGAGAGCCGGAUCAGCCAAGGCUACAAGGCCGAGCUGGACGCCGCGCUACGCAAGAUGGACGCCGACAAACUCGAGUACGAGCAGAAGCUAGAACGCCAGGCUCAGCUGCUGGACGCCAGGGCAACGAAGAUCAGGAAACUGGAAGCUCAGCUCAGAGACAUCGCCUACGGGACCAAAACCUACAGCGUCAAAGCGGACGCCACAGCCGAGGACGAGGCCGACGAAUCUGGCGAAGCGCUUCACCUGGAGAGUGGAGAAAACCUGCUGGAGCUUCAGAUAGUAGGCGUCACGCUGUCUGGCUCUGCCCUGCAGAUGCGGGGCGAAGCUGAGCCCGCCACCUUCUGUACGUACGCUUUCUACGUGUUCGAGUUGCACGCCACACCGGUGGUGACGGGCCGCAGUCCAAAAUACAACUUUACUUCUAAGUACGUGGUUAGCGUGGACGAACGCUUCCUCGACUACCUCCACCGGGGCGCGGUGAGGGUGGAGCUGCACGAAGCGCUCGGUCUGGACUGGAGGACGCUGGCGGCUGGCGAGCUUCGUCUGCAGCAGCUGCUGGAACAGGACGGGAAGGUUCACGGCAGCGUGGCGCUCGUCGGGUCGCGUGAUGAGGCGCGCUGCUUCGGCUCCUUGGAGUUCUGGCUCAGGCUGAGGGUGCCCAUGACGGAGACGCUGCGACUGUACCGAGAGAAGAUGAAGGCGCCUCCGCCAACGACCGGCGACUGGAACGAGCUCUUCAUCACCGUCCGCCGCUGCUCCGGCCUUCAGCCGCGAGGCUCCUGGCAGCCGAGCCCCUAUGUCGUCUACAAGUUCUUUCACUUCCCCGACCACCCCACCGCCACCGUUCACAACCGCCAGGACCCCGACUUCCAUGACCUCAGGUCGUACUCCGUCUCGAUGGAUGCGGACCUGGACCGGUACCUGAAGUCGGAGCUCCUUCAGUUCUACGUGUUCGACUACAAAGAGGAGCAGAUGGACACGUACCUGGGGAAGGCCCGAGUCCCUCUGAGGACGCUGACCCACGACGAGAGCCUCACAGGUGUGUUUUCGCUGGCCGAUCCCUCUGGACUCCCUGCCGGGAACAUCGAAGUGACUCUGAAGUGGAAGGUCUCCUACAUCCACCCGAUGGACGCCAUGGAGGACGAGCCCAGGUUUACUCCUGUGGAGGAAGCGUCAGAGGCCAAACAACAGCCGGAGGGCAAGGAGGCCCGCCGCCAUCGCGCCGAAUCUCGGGCCCCGCUGCCCAAACCAAGACUGAAGACUCAGAUGAAGGGAACGCCACCUGCCAAAAAAGUCACAUUUGUAGAAGGGACAGCCGCCAACCAACAGCUGGACGCGCCGAGCUCAGCGGCCCGGGAGGCGGAGACUCUACCUGCAGCACCUGUACAGGUUUUGUCCAAAGGUGCCGGAGAGGAAGAGGACGAUGAAAGAGAGUCUGACGUCUCUGAAGGACAGCUGGUCACAGGGAGCGCUGCGUCGUACUCUGAUGACUCUGAAAUCUCUGAGGAAAUCAUCGAAGAUGUGGAGGACGUCCGAGCAGCUGCAGAGGCUCAGUCUGACAGCGAUGACUGCAUCGUGCCCGGAACGGCCACGGCGAGGAAGCCAGAGUCCAGGUGCUGGCAGGCUAUGCUAACGGGACCGUCCUUUCCCAACAGAAUCCGGUUCACAGUGGUGAGCGAGCCUCCAGAGGAAGAGGAGCAGGAGAGGGAGUGUGAGGAUGUGGGCGUGGCCUUCCUGAGGAUCCCUGACAUCCUGGAGAAACAGCGAGACGUGACGGAGGAGCGUUUGAGCGUGCUGGACGUGGAGGACAGCAGCGAGGUGGUCGGCACCCUGACGGUGUCCGUGGAGUGUCUGGAGGCUCUGCGCUCCAUCAUGGAGGAGGAGGAGACCGCCAUCAGCUCGCUGUGAGAGGCGUCUCAAAUGUGACGUCUCUGUUGUUUCAAAGCGGUGAAUAAAGAGGACUGUGCUGAAGUCUGC